UGCAAGAUAGUAAACAAUAACAAAAUUUACAAGUAACAAAGUAUCAAAGUAGACUCUCUAGAUUCUAGAUCUAAAUCUAGCUGAUGAUCUAGAUAGGCUCAGUAAUCUUGAUUGAAUUUUUCAUGAGAAAUAAAAAUGUUCAGAAGUGCGGGGGUAGCUGAAAUUAUUCGAUCCCAUCAGAAAGAUGACAGUUUUCUUCGCUACUUAAGAUCAUUAUUAGUUGAUAUAUUUCAACGAGUUGCAGGUCCACAACACUGGAUUAGAUGGAGAAAUCAUUUGGAUAUACUUUCUGAUUUGGUUUAUUUUGCUAUUACUACAUUUUCAGAACUUCAAACUGUUGGAGAGGAAUAUGUCAAUAUAAUUCAAACAGAUGUCACAUUAAAAGCUUUACCAUCAAAAUGGAAACGAGUAUUCAUGGUUGUUCUUCAAGUAUGUGCUCCAUAUCUACUCAAGUCUGCGUUAGUGAAGCUUGAACAUUUACUCAAUUCUUCAACGUCUAUAAAUCUCAGACCUCAGACAAGGCAAGCUAUUAUAAACAUUCUUCCACUGGUGGAAAAAACAGCAAAACUUUUACAUCGUAUUCAUUUAGCAUUUUUUUAUAUUAAUGGAGUCUACUACCAUUUGUCAAAAAGGAUAUCAGGAAUUCAUUAUGUCCAGUACAUGCGUAAAGAACCAGGACCAAGUUUAGUCAGGCCUUUCCAGUUUUUAGGCUACUUGUCUAUUAUCCAGCUGAUAUGUUCGCUCAUUGUCCAUUCUGUCUCCCUUUUUGCUGUUUUGAAAGAGCAGAAACAAUCUUCAAGGAAUGACUCAAUAAAGUUAAGGAGGGAAAGUGAUUUUAUCAAUGUCCAUCCAAGAGAAAAAUGUCCACUAUGCUUAAGUCGAAGACAACACCCAACAGUCACACCAUGUGGUCAUUUGUUCUGUUGGUCUUGCAUCCAUGAUUGGUGUGUUACAAAGCAAGAAUGUCCAUUGUGCAGAGAAUCGUUUCCUCCAAAUCGUCUUGUAGCUUUGCAAAACUUUGAUUGAUCUUAAGUUUUCAUUACAAGUUUCCUUUUACCCUCAAACACAAUCUUUCAAUGUCAACAAGAAUUCAUGCAUUUCAUAAUUAGUUAUUUAUUUAUUUAAAUGCAAAAUUGUCAAGUAGCUUUAAUAUUAUUUUGAUAUCAGUAUGCAUAGCAUUGUUGGACUUGUCAAGCUGUUAAUAAAAAGAAUAUCAUUGAACAA